AUGAUUUAUGCCAUUGAAGAGAUAAAUAACAAUACAGAUAUGCUUUUGAAUAUAUCCCUGGGAUACAGAAUAUAUGAUGGUUGUGGCUUCCCACUCUUGGCAAUCAAAGGAUCCAUGGAUUCAGUUAUUGGGCCAGAGGAAACAACAAACAUGAAUGUGUCUUGCAAUAAAUUAUCUACUGUUCAUGGACUGAUAGGACAGUCUGAUUCUACAUCAACAAUAGGAAUGGCAACCACUUUUGCACCCUUUCAUAUCCCUGUGAUUAGUCACUUUGCCACAUGUGCCUGUCUCAGCAACAAGAAAUUGUUUCCAACAUUUUUCCGUACAAUACCAAGUGACUACUAUCAAAGCAAAGCUUUGGCACAACUUGUGAGAUACUUUGGGUGGACUUGGGUUGGAACAGUUAGAAGUGACAAUGAUUAUGGUAAUAAUGGAAUGGCAACUUUCUUACAAGCUGCACAACAGGAGGGAGUGUGCAUUGAGUAUUCAGAAGCUAUUUUUCGCACUAAUCCACGUGACAAAUUUCUCAGAACCGUGGAUGUUAUUAAACAGUCUUCCUCAAAAGUGAUAGUAGCUUUUGUAUCAUUUAUAGAUAUGGAAUUUCUCAUUAAUGAACUGUUGCUACAGAAUGUCACAGGAUUGCAAUGGAUUGGCAGUGAGUCAUGGGUUUCAGCUAAAAAUCUAGCAACGAACGCCAAUUUUAAAGUUAUUGGUGGUGCUGUAGGAGUUGCAAUUGGCAAUGCAAUAAUACCAGGUCUAAAAGAAUUUUUACUGAACAUUCGACCAACAGAUGCACCUGAUAACAGUGGCCUAAAUCAACUUUGGGAAAUGUCUUUUAAUUGUUCUUUUACUACUAAAGGUAAUUUAACGUCCUUUAAAAAAUGUACUGGAACAGAGAAUAUGAAUGAAAUAAACAAUGAUUAUACAGAUAUAAAUGAUCUUGGGAUCACAAACAAUGUAUACAAAGCAGUCUAUGCCAUAGCCCAUUCUCUACAUAAUCUUGUCACUUGUCAAAAGGGAAAUGAUCCUUCAAACCGAAAAAUAUGUGAACAUCUUAAACAGAUUGAGCCAUGGCAGGUAUUACAUUAUCUCAAGACAGUUAAUUUUACAAAUAGGAAUGGUGAGCAGGUUUACUUUGAUGACAAUGGAGACCCUGUUGCAAGGUAUGACCUGAUAAACUGGCAAAUGAGUAAAGAAGGAGCAAUAAAAUUUAUCACAGUUGGUAUUUAUGAUUCAUCCGAACCAGAAGGGCAGCAAUUUAAAAUGAAUAACAUCACAAUCAUGUGGGCAGGCACCCAGAAUAAGGUGCCAAAAUCCACCUGCAGUGAGAGCUGCUCCCCUGGUAAUCGAAAAGCUGUUCAGAAAGGAAAACCCCUCUGUUGCUUUGACUGUUUACCUUGUGCUGAAGGCGAAAUUAGUAAUUCCACAGAUUCAAUUGACUGCAUCAAGUGCCCUUUGGAAUACAAAUCAAACAGACAAAGAGAUCAAUGCAUAUUAAAGGAAAUUGAAUUUUUAUCCUUUGAAGAAGUCAUGGGGACAGUCCUGGUGAUAUUUUCAUUAUUGGGAACUUGUGCAACAAUAGCUAUAGCAUCAGUUUUCUUUCAUUUUAAAGAAACUCCUAUUGUCAAAGCCAAUAACUCUGAGAAGAAGCAG